CUGCCUUGCCAGAAGUCAGAAUUUCUCAGUUUAGUGCCCAAAGGUGCCCAAGAGACAGCCCCAGCUUUCUGGUCGAAGUCAGUAGUUGUACUCCCCUGUUACCAGGAUCUGUUGGAGGACUAAGCAGAGAGAAGCAGAGAGGAGAGGGGGCAAAAGCGAAUCACUAGUUUUUCUUUACUAAGAACAAUAUUUUUCAUAGCACACAUGUGAUAUCAUUGAGCAACAAAAAUAAAUAAAUCCAUAUGCGUUAGCAGUCAUCCCUAAGACCCAGAGACUCCGUUGGAAAAAAUAGGUGGGUCCCUGAGCCACAGACUGUGCAAACCCAAGCAGAAAGGACUUUCUUUAACUUCCCUCCCCAUUCAGUCCUUGUCAGAGCUUGUGUUUGGCCCAGGCUACGAGUCUGCAGGGUUACCAGCUGGAACGCUUUGCUCCACUGCUAUAAAGGCUAUAAAUGCUGUGCAGAAAAGUGUUGGAAUCCUCUCAUGGCAUACUUGGAAGAUUGCCCUUCGGUGUACCUGGCGUCCUCUGUGAUUCCUCGCCACUGAAAGGAUCAGUCAACUUGGAUAGAUUUCGGCAUCUUCCGUGGAAUGAACGUGGUAGCUCUCUCUCUCUCUUUUAGGCAUUUAUAAACCUCUCUCAGCACUGUUUUGGAGUUUUUAGUGUAAAAAUAAUGCAAAUAUUAUGUCAAGUUUGUUCCUGGACAUUUCAUGGUUUUUGAUGCUACUAUAAAGUAGUAUUUUUAAAUUUUAAUUUGUAAUCGCUCACCCUAAUAUAUAGAAAUACUAUAAUUGACUAUACAAGACAAAAUAAUAAAUUCCUGUUCGUCAAAAGUGAUAGCUUCUGUUCUUCAAAAUACACCACUAAGGAACGAAUGGGCAAGCCACAGAAUGGGAGAAAAUAUUUGUAAUACAUAUGUCUACAAAGGGCUUGUAUCUACAACAUACAAAGAAUUUUUAUAUCUCAAUAAAAAGACACCCCCCCCAAAUGUGCACGAUAUUUGAAUAGACAAAAGAAUAUGUAUGAGUAGUUAAUAAGUACAUGAAAAAACUGGUUAGUAUCCUUAAUCAUCAGGGAAGCACAAAUUAAAACUAAAAGUUGUGGGGCAUCUGGGUGGCUCAGUCGGUGAAGCGUCCAACUCUUGGUUUCAGCUAAGUUUGUGAUCUCAUGGUUCGUCUGUUCGAGCCCUGCAUCAGGCUCAGCACUGCUGGUGCGGAGCCUGCUUGGGAUUCUCUCCCUCUCCCUCUUUCUCUGCCCCUCCCCUGUGAUCUCUCUCAAAAAUAAAUAAAUAAACUUAAAAAGAAACUACAAUGUGAAUCCAUUAUACACUGGAGCAUCUGGACUUCUGAUAUAUUACUAAUAAUAUUGUACAGCCAUUUUUGAAAAAAAGUUUGGCAGUUUCUUCUAAAGUUAAGUAUAUACUUACAACAUGACUCGGCAAUUUCAUUCCUAUGUAUUUACUCAAGAGAACGAAAAUAGAUGUCCACAAAAAGACUUGUAUAGGCGAUGUCACAGAAGCUUUGUUCAUAAUCGUCUAAAACUGGAAACAUGUCCAUCAACAGAUGACUACAUAAAUAAAUCGCAGUAUAUCCAUUAUGUAGGUUACUAUUCAAUAAUAAAAAGGAAUCUACAGAUGCACACAGCAACCUGGAUGAAUCUCAAAACAUUAUCAUGAGUGAAAGAAGCUGGAAACAAAAUAGUCCCUGUGGUGUGGUUCCAUUUUUAUGGAAUUCUUGACUGACAAAACUAAUCUAUGUCGGACAGAAAGCAAGUCAGUGGGGGCGUGGUGCUGAGGUUGGUUGAGACUGACUUCAGAGGAGCACGAGGGAAUAUUUGGGGUGAUGGAAAUGUUCUAUAUCUUGGUUGUGGUGGUUGUGGUUAUGUGAGUGUAUACAUCAAAAAGUCAUCAAAACAAAGACUUAAAAAUGGGUGUGUUUUAUUGUGUAUGAAUUGCACCUUAAUUUCAACACGUUUCUAGCAGCCUUUGCAAGUUGAAAGUACUCUCUUGCAUCUUCGCUCAGUCUUCUGGGAUCAGUAUUUAGCCAAAUCCAAGGUUAAUCUCUAAGUGUUGUUUCUCCUUUCUGUGGUGUUUAUCCCUCCCUCUCCUCUAUGCCUGUCUGGCUUCGGGGAGAACUCAUGCAUAAUGGUGGAGGAGGUGGUUGGCAUGCAGGUCCCUGAGUUCGUACUAGCCUAGGCACAGCUUUCCUUGGUGUUGGUGCCUGGGCGUCCUGCUCGCGACUCUCAUCUGGCUGGUCUCUGGGUGUUGGCUUCUGUCCUCACUGUGUACCAUGCUGAUGCAUGUGCUACUGGUGAAACUUACAGUCCGUACUGCCUUUAUGGCCAGGACCUGGGGGGAUUCCCCAUCUUUCUUGUUGCAGAUCCUCGUGUGAAGAUCAGCCAUGAUUUCCGUUUGGCUCAGCCUGUUUCCCCUUUGCCACAGCCCUGCCUCUCAUCGCUUAGAUGUAUUUCAUGUCUCCACUGAGAAUACGGAAGAGCAUCUUCCGUGGGCCACUUCUAUGUCACAUGGGAGGUGAGGGACGGUCAGUAGGCACUGUCUUUGGCUUUCUCUCUGCCCUGACACAUCACAGGCCAAGGGCACCCAAUGAAGUUGGGUCUUUCCACAGUUACCCACAGGAUACAUAGCACAAGCCUCCUUAUUGCAACCCCCUGCCCCAAAUACCCAGUUUAAUUCUUCGCUAUACCACUUACCUACCCCUGCUCAGGACUCGAGAGAAUGGGAAAGGCAGCUCAUCACUCUUCCUUUAAAAAAAAAAAAGGGGGGUGCCUGUAUGGCUCAGCCGGUUGAGCAUCUGACUUCGGCUUAGGUCAUGAUCUCACGGUCCGUGAGUUCGAGCCCCUCGUCGGGCUCUGUGCUGACAGCUCAGAGCCUGGAGCCUGCUUCAGAUUCUGUGUCUCCCUCUCUCUGACCCUCCCCCGUUCAUGCUCUGUCUCUCUCUGUCUCAAAAAUAAAUAAACAUUAAAAAAAAAAAAAAAACCUUUCCCCUUCAUCUCUGGGCAGGCUUCUACUUUCCCUUUGUGUGGUGGAAACUUCCCCUACAGCACAAUCCUAUGGUUCCUUAUUUAUGGAUGAAGUUAUUAUGGACAGGACCCAUCUUCUCGUUUCCUACAACAGUAAACUUCUGGGCUUAGCCUUAAUGAUAGAACGGGGCCAAUGAGAGGAAACCAGCUUGCCAACCUAAUAUCAAGAGAUAUUUCCAAAAAUUAUCUGCAGUAGAGGAAUAUUUUAGAAAUGCCAUAAAAAAAAAAAAGACUGGCAAAUUUCAUGAUUCUUAAGUAAAAACAAAGAGUAGAAUCAAUCCGAGUUUACUGAGAGUGUCUGGACUACCAGGUCACUCACCUAUGGGGGAAGAGGUCCUUAAUAAUCAGUCACCUGGUUUGAAACAUCAGUAAUUCAACUCCCUGGUUUUAUAGAUCAGGAAAUGGUAGCAGAGAGGAGGUGAUUUGCACAGGGUCAUUACUAAGUAGUAUCAGUUGGACCCAAUGGUCUUGAUUCCUGCUCUUGAUAUCUUUCUCCCACACACCCUUAUCUGUUUUGUGGCUGCAAAGCAAUUAAUAAAGAAGCGUACUUGAUGAAGGUUAAGGCACUGGACAUAGAAGGGAAUGGAGGAAGGAAAGAAUAAUAGACCAUGUUGGGAGCCUAACAAAAUGAGUGGUUCCAGGACCACUGUGGACUUUUCUCUAGCAGUGUCCUGACUGUAAGAAAUAUGUGGGUCUUCUGACAGAGGAAAUCACUUCAGAAAACUUUACUGAAGGCAACAUGAAAGAUUUGCCCCCAAAAUGUAGUGCUAUAUUGGAAAGUUAUGGACCAUUGGCAAGAAUUCUUUGCAAAUGUCUAGAUUUUUGAAAGCAAGGAGGAUGAAGUGAAAUUGAGCAUAUGGCCUAAUUUGUACUGUGAAGGAGUAAUCUUAGUGGGACAUCAUAAUAUGGAGCCUCUUUUGUUCCAAAAAGAUUUUUCUGAAACCAGAAUGAGAUGCAGAAUGCAAUUAUAUUUCAGUGGUUGGAUGUCAAAAUGAAAUAAAUUAGGGGCUGAUUAGUAAAAUGACGAACUACAUGAUGGUAACAUGCUUCCUUUGCAUACUGUUUUAGGUAUACUGUUAACUCAGUAAAGGACUUUUUCAUUAUAUUUGUGCCGUAUCGGGCCAGUUAAUUAUUUAUAAGAAUGUGCAGACUAAUACUGUAGGGGACCUGCAGGUUGCUCCAAAGUCUCUAUGAAACUAGGUUAGCCUGGUCUAACUUGUGCUCUUCUGAAGGCGUAUAAAUCUAGUAAGUGACAUGUUUUGAAAGAAACACGAGUUAUUUUUUGGGCAGUAUACCCUUGUGUUAUUAACCUGUGGGCUCCCUCCCCUUUCUUUCGUCAUGAGCACUCACAUGAAUGGGUGCUCAGCCUUCACCAUUAUUUGCACGGCUUGUUGAAAGAAAUGCCCAAUAGCCGCUCUGAAAUCUGGAGGGUGGAUGGGCAGGCGCACCGUCCAAAAUCCACCAGACCACGCGUCUCCACCUGCAUCUCCGCAUAGCGCUGCCAGAUGCCCAGUAACCCGUGUGCCAGGUAGCAGUCUGUGCCAGUCUUGAAUGCCAACAGGAAGUCACUGGACAGCAAACCUCUUCCAGGAUCACAACUGGGCUAUUGAAGUAACUCGAAAAAGAGGAAAAAAAGAGCUGACCAUGGCAAGAAGAAACCGAGUUCGGUCUACCUCUCCUCCAGAUGGAGGCUGGGGCUGGAUGAUUGUGGCUGGCUGUUUCCUUGUUACCAUCUGUACUCGGGCAGUCACCAGAUGUAUUUCCAUUUUUUUUGUGGAGUUCCAGACAUACUUCACUCAGGAUUAUGCACAAACAGCUUGGAUCCAUUCCAUUGUAGACUGUGUGACCAUGCUCUGUGCUCCACUUGGGAGUGUCGUCAGUAACCAUUUAUCCUGUCAAGUGGGAAUCAUGCUGGGUGGCUUGCUUGCAUCGACUGGUCUCAUCCUGGGCUCAUUUGCCACCAGUCUGAAGCAUCUCUACCUCACUCUGGGAGUUCUCACAGGUCUCGGAUUUGCACUUUGUUACUCUCCAGCUAUUGCCAUGGUUGGCAAAUAUUUCAGCAGACGGAAGGCCCUUGCUUACGGGAUCGCUAUGUCAGGAAGUGGCAUUGGCACCUUCAUACUGGCUCCGGUGGUUCAACUCCUUAUUGAACAGUUUUCCUGGCGGGGAGCGUUACUCAUUCUUGGGGGCUUCGUUUUGAAUCUCUGUGUUUGCGGCGCCUUGAUGCGGCCUAUUACUCUGAAAGAGGACCCUACAACUCCAGAGCAGGACCACAUCUGUAGAACUCAGAAACAAGACUUUAAGCGAGUGUCUCCCUGUGCAACUUUGACUAAAAAAUGGGUGCAGACCUGCCUCUGUUGCUCUUUGCAACAGGAAUACAGUUUUUUACUGAUGUCAGACUUCGUUGUGUUAGCCAUCUCUGUUCUGUUCAUGGCUUACGGCUGCAGCCCUCUCUUUGUGUACUUGGUACCUUAUGCUCUGAGUGUCGGAGUGAGUCACCAGCAAGCUGCUUUCCUUAUGUCCAUACUCGGGGUGAUUGACAUUAUUGGCAAUAUCACAUUUGGAUGGCUAACUGACAGAAGGUGCCUGAAGAAUUACCGGUAUGUCUGCUACCUCUUUGCCGUGGGACUGGAUGGGCUUUGCUAUCUCUGCCUCCCAAUGCUCCAGAGUCUUCCCCUGCUCGUGCCUUUCUCUUGUACCUUUGGCUACUUUGAUGGUGCCUACGUGACUCUGAUCCCAGUAGUGACUGCAGAAAUAGUAGGGACCACGUCUUUGUCAUCAGCCCUCGGUGUGGUGUACUUCCUUCACGCAGUGCCGUACUUGGUGAGCCCACCCAUCGCAGGAUGGCUUGUGGAUACGACGGGCAGCUACACUGCAGCCUUUCUGCUCUGUGGAUUCUCAAUGAUAUUUAGUUCUGUGUUGCUUGGCUUUGCUAGACUUGUAAAGAAGAUGAAAAAAACCCAGCUGCAGUUCCUGGCCAAAGAGUCUGAUCCGAAGCUGCAGCUAUGGACCAAUGGAUCGGUGGCUUACUCUGUAGCAAAAGAGUUAGAUCACAAAGAUGAGGAAUCUGUCGCUGUCGCAGUGUCUGGUUACAACCCCACAUGACCAGUGGCCUGGAGCCUGGGAAUCUCCAGGGCUGAGAGAGGUGGGACCACCAGACCGUGUGUGUCUCUGAAGCAUUUUAUUUUGGCAGAAGCAUUGCCUUCCGAGGAAAUUAUUAUUGUUGUUUUAUUAACGCGUUUAUAGGGGAAAAUAGCAAAUAACAAAGCACGUUGGACUGGCUCAGAGUUUCCUCAUUUGGGAUUUGUACUCACAAUUGAACUCACAUCUUUCAGGCAAUGAGCAUCACUCCGUGGAGAAUGUUAGGACAUAGCUGAUGCAGUUAGUGGUAAUUGGGGGUAAUUUCAAGGCAUGACCAAAGAAGAUGACAUUGGGAAGCUUUGUCUCCAACUCUCUGGCCCUCCAUCUUCCUCAGUCAGAAGGUAAAGAGAAACAAUGACGUGUAGGUGAGCUUACUUUAUGCUUUUUUGGAGAAGGGGUUCUGUAUGAAUCACUGCCCUUUGAAGAAUCUAAAAUAUUCUUCAACGACUCUGUUUAAAGCCCUGAUGAGAAUCUCCACUGUGAGGAAGGGUUGGCAUCUUCACCUGUCCACCUCCACUGAAAGCCUUCUUCCUAAGACUGAGCCCCUCACCUCUGGCCCGGCCCUCACCUCUGUUCCUAUCACAUACAAUAAUGAGUGUAGCAGAAUACGCCAAGUCACAAGGGUGAUUCCUCAGUCUCACCUGAAAUGUUAACACCAACACGUCUUUAGAAACAAAGCUUUUAUUGAACUUGCACACACAUUCCUGUUAGGAACUGAAAAAUGUUGGCAGUAUUCCAACUGGGCAGGAAUUGAAUUCUCAAAUCAGCAGGGGUCUGAUGGGAGUUUUCUUUUCAGACCAGACAUUUAGGUUCAUCAUUACCCAAAAGGGAGGUUUGCCUGAAAAAGAUUGUUCUAGAGAUAUUCCAGAGGUGAGAUUCCUUUCUGCCUGUGUUAAUUCUUGUUCCAGUGUCCACUGCCCUUUAUCUCUUGAUGGAUAAUCGUUCGAAACUUUACGGGCCUCUCCAGAUGAAUGAGAAGGCUUCAGGGGUUAACCUCAGCAUCCUAGCCCUCUCAUUAAUUAGAGCUUUGUUCAGGCGAGAGGGAGGAGAAGGUUAAGAAGGCUAGAGGUGUGGUAUUUUACAGUUCAUAGAACUCUUUCACGUACCUUCACUCCUUGGAUUAGAAUAGUUUACUCAUUCUCAAGUACUCUAUUUUCCUAUAGUUUGGGACAAUUUCUGACUCUUCAGAGGGAGGGUAUCAAAGAGAAGAGAAAGGCCAGAGCCUCCAGCUUGUCUCCAACCGCUUUUAAAUCCACAGAGUGAUAGCCCUGAAUCGCCAAAUCGUGUCAUACCUGUAAAUUAGGAGAAAAUUACACAAUUGAGAAAGGAUUUUAAUUAUAGAGAAAUUUUAAAUCUGAACCUGAAAGAAAUAUUUUUACCCUAAAGGCCAUUUAAUCCAUUGUCCCUCAGGCGGUCUCACAAAUGCCUGGUCGGCACUAGGAGGAUCCUAGGUUGACGAAGCGUGUUCACCAAGAGUCUUCGCCUAUAACUGGAUUAUUUCAUAAAAUUGCAUAUUAAUACAUUGCUUUCAGAAUGAAAUACUGACUUGAUUUAAUGGAAGAAAACUGUAAUAUUUCACUGCUGCUUUCCAAAGAUAAAUUUGAAUGUCGCCUGUUAUCUUUUUACUUAGCUCAAGAAUUAAGUUUUGAACCCACUUACUAGAUCAUUUGCAAUCUACAAAUAAUACUUGGAAAAUAUCUGUAAAAAGUCAAAGUUAUGAUGAACUUAUGUGUGUUUGGAAUAGCACUUUAUACUAGAUAUCGUUUCUUGAAUCUUCAAGCCUAAAGAUUUUUUGAAAUAUAAAUAGUUCUAAAUAUUCCUAGACAUAUUUUUUCCUAGCAGCCAGAGUAAAAUUUUCGUUCUCAAGUUCUGCAAUAUGAUUUCUCUGAAGUAUUAUAAGUGUUCCUGAAACAUGAGUAUAGAAACCAGAGCUUUAAAAAAUUUGUUUAAAGUAUUUGGGAUAUUUUUACUUUCUACAUGCAUAAAUUUGUAUUUUACUUGCCCAUUUGGAGCGCAAUUUUAGAAAACCAGCAAGGAAAAUGUAGAUCUUAGACUCCACCAUUGUAUCUCCACAAAAUUUUACUGUUAAGGUUCCAUGUGCCUAUACUGUUUUUUCCAAAAGGGAGAGAUUCGUAGGAAUGAUGUGUUUUGUGGAAUCAAGAACAAAAUUGUGGUAGGAUGAUUCUGCAUCUUAAAUAUUUCUUCAUAUCACUGUGAGCUCUACUUUGAAAUGGAGUAGAAAAGCAAAGAAGCUAACUUCUAUUGAUACACUGUACCAUUGGGCCUUUUUUUUUUUUCAGAUUGUGAUUUUACUAGUAGAUCAGAUAUUUAUGCUCAUAUUUUCUUAUUUCAAAAGCGUAAUAAAAUGAGUUUAUAUUUGUGUUUGGAAACACAUUUUUCCCUGUACAAGGGGUUUGGAUUGAAUGGCGAGUGAGCUUGUCUGGAUUAUGCUAAAAUGUAGCUGGCAUAUAAAGAUGUGGUAAACAAUCAAAUAAUUUACAAAAGCCAAA